AGCUGGGCUCAGGGAGGUCAGCUGCCACCUGCUCUUCGCCAGCGCGGCUCCUUCGCCGGCGCAGGGAGUUGGGAACAUUCCACCGCACCGAUCCAACUAACUCCGCACCGUUGCCAUGUUCCUCCUGACAGUGGCGGCCCUCGUUCUGGAGCUUCCGCCAGUGCUGGGGAGCCCGCAAUGUCAAAACCGGAGCCUCGAGAACCGUUCCACCAAGCCCGGCGUGGACCGGCCUUGCCUUUGUGCUUUCGACGUGGACCGUACGCUCACCGGAUACCAGGAGUUGCGUGAGGAAUGCCCGCUGAACUUGGUGAAGGAUGGUGUGAAGGACUAUGCCUAUCUCUAUGCGACCCCCAGGGGCUUCGGCUUCCUGACCCUCUCGGAGCUGUCGCAAGGCUUGAACGCGACCUUCUGCCGUCAUUGCUACCUGGGUAUUGCCUCAGCCGGUGGUGCUGGACUGGAUGACGAGAAGGCGGUUUUGAGCUCGGUGCUGCAUGCGGGUGUGGCACGUGGUGAGCUGUACGAAGCCUUGCCUAACUGGACCACCGGAGAAAAUCCUGAAGAGCAAGUGGAAAGUGAAGCGCCGUUUGUGGUGUGGUGUGCGGAAGGGCAGAAGAACCUUUGCGUCAAGAAGAUCGUCGAGUGGUACCGCAGUGAGCGGAAUGUGUCGAUCAGUGACGAGGAUGUGUAUUUCUUCGACGACAAGGAGGACAACAUCUCACCCUUCGUGCAGACCAACUACAACGCAUUCCAAGUGAGCUGUGGGAGUCGCAAUGGCAGUCGCGGCCUCUGUGGCGGGCGUGUGGCGGAGGUCUGGGACACGAAGGGCGUCUUCCUCUGCGAGGGAGAGCAGCAGGUCUGCAUGGAGGACCUGCAUACGACCACCGCAUCGCCCAUCGCCAUGUCCCACGCGUGGGGAUCAUCGGCAUCGGCCGCGUGGGCUGCGGUGCUGGUGCUGGUGGUCAGCUGGAAUAGGUGAACUGAGUCCAGCAUAGUGAACUGAGUCAUGGGUCCAACAGCAAACUGGCAAGCUGGAG